AUGAGCCAAUUCGGUGCUACAGAUAUCAUUUCCGGUUCAGAGACACCGCCUUAUUCGGGAGCCAGCUAUCAGGAUGCUCAAGAUGAUAAUACCCACACGCAUUCGCCAGACAUCGAUACAGAAAAGUUCGGCGCAGGUAAUGGAAGCAAGCUACAUGCUGAAUCCUCGAGAGCCAGUGAUGAUGGCAAUCAAGCUAAAACAAAAAUGGUGGAUAAUAUCACCAUUUUGAAGUAUUUGCUGGAUUCUCUAUCCGGUAGGGACAAAUUUGCCAAAAUUAUCAAGUAUGCUCUGGAUAUACUGAAACUAUUCAUCGAAAAAUCCAAGAAAAACCUCACUGCCUUGGACCCCUCAGUGUUAAGUUAUUAUACCAAGAUUUUGAAGAAUUUGACUUUAAAAGUCGCACUAAGGCAUCCUAUCACGGUGAUCAAAGUGCUCCUUCUGUCGCUUUUGAAAAAUUUUGACAAGAAGAUCGAUUUUAUCAGCCAGCAAUUGAGUACUUUCAGAUACAUUUUGAGGUUCGGCGGCACCCCCUUCAAAGUGUUCAGUCUCCUGGAGAAAUUCAACAACACCAGAAAGUGUAAUUUCCAGGUCGACCAAAUCAAGAAAAUAUGGUUCAAUGAAGCUUCGCUAAGAGAAUUCUUGGAUUUGUAUUAUGGUAUCUUUGAUGAAUUAGACCUGCUAUACAAAUUGAAAAUCUGGUCGAAUAAAUCGUUGUACUCCUUCGUCAGUAGACAGGAGUCUUUUGCGUGGCAAUACGACAUCCUUCUAAGUUUGAAGAACAGCUGGCUCGACCUACAAAAUCUACAGAAAAGACAAUUAGAGUUGGAGGUUCAACUAAAGGUGCAAAACAACGCCCUGCUGCUAUCGCCUAUACUCAUGCACCAGACCCAAAAUGACGACGCUUCACAAUCGCCAAUUAGGAAACAGCUGUUGAAUGACCUGAACGUGGAAAAUAAGUCAGAACUACUAAUACGCAGGCAGUUAAAAGCUAUCAAGGAUGAAAAGACGCUUGUUUACUUAGAUAUGACAAGACUGACCUUCGAUUGCAUGGCUAAUACAUCCGACAUUCUAAACUUAAAGACUCCAAGGGGCACGUAUGCUGUUCUGUCCCUGGGAUCCGGUCUGACUGGACUGGUCAAACUUUGGAUAACAGCAAAGAGGUCACUUUGCUCUUCAAAAGAUUGA